GGAGGAACUUAAUUGGAAUGUUUUAUUAAGGGAAAUAGCGUUGUAUCGCUACUGUAAAAGUUCUAAAAUCUGAACAGGGCGUUUCAAAGGACUUCCUGUACUUUUCCUUUUGACAUCAUAGAAGGUUACCCCAGCAACCUCUGUAGCCAGGCCGAUCUCAUUGGUCAUGGGUCACAUGGUCUGAAUCGGGGUAGAUCAGUGAGACGAACAGCCACACUACUGGUGGAGGAAGUGAUGAUGUCAUAGCUGGCAGUGUGUAAUAGACAGAGAGAUGAAUGAAAGCCACAAUUUGCUCCUGGCCUGGUCUCCUUCAGCUGAGGAACACUGCUCAUGCAGCCUUUUUCUAAGCUCCUAACACACAUGGCUCCUUUCUUCCAGCUUUGCAGGAUCAUGCGUCCCGACGACGCCAACAUCGUGGGCAAUGUCCAUGGAGGCACGAUCCUGAAAAUGAUCGAGGAAGCUGGGUGCAUCAUAGGAACGCGCCACUGUAACACUCGGAGCGGGGACCGCUGUGUGGCUGCCUUGGCUCGAGUGGAGCGCACGGACUUCCUGUACCCGAUGUUCAUCGGUGAGGUGGCGCAUGUCAGUGCUGAGAUCAGCUACACGUCCAAACACUCGGUGGAGGUGCAGGUCACCGUGCUGUCCGAAAACAUCCUCACAGGUGCCAAGAAGGUGACCAACAAGGCAACACUAUGGUAUGUCCCCUUCUCGCUUCAAAAUGUGGACAAAAUCACUGAAGUCCCUCCUAUUGAGUACUCGAACCCGGAGCAGGAGGAGCUCGGUAAGAAGAGGUAUGAGGCCCAGAAACUUGAACGAAUGGAGACAAAAGAGAGGAAUGGUGAGGUCAUUGCUGCAGUCUCUGUUCCCGAAAGGCAUACAAAAGAGCCCUAUACUGUUGGAUUUAGCCAGUCAAGUCUCAUCCACCUGAUUGGCCCUUCAGACUGCACUCUCCAUGGCUUCGUGCAUGGUGGUGUAACUAUGAAGCUGAUGGACGAGGUGGCAGGAAUUGUGGCGGCUCGCCACUGCAAGACCAACAUUGUGACCGCAUCAGUGGAUGCCAUCAACUUCCACCGCAAGAUCAAGAAAGGCUGUGUGAUCACAGUAUCUGGCCGAAUGACCUUCACUAGCAACAAGUCAAUGGAGAUUGAGGUAUUUGUGGAUGCGGAUCCACUGGUGGAAGCUGAGAAGGGGAAAUAUCGGGCUGUCACUGCCUUCUUCACCUACAUUUCGCUGGACAAAGAGAACAAGUCCUUGCCAGUGCCUCCUCUGAAGCUGGAAGGUGAAGAGGAACAGAAGCGGUUUGAAGAAGGCAAAGCGCGGUACCUUCAGAGCAAAGCAAAGAGACUUGCGGAGAAGGAGCAGAAUCAAUGAUAUGUCCCACUAGACAAACAUCACAUGGUAUUGUAGAGGAAUAUUCCAGAAUACUAGAACACCGUCCUACAUCACGACAAAAACCCUGUAUUUUAUUGUACUUGUAGCUGACUGGAUGGAAAAGAAAAAAAUAUUUUACUUGACUCAUUCUUUUGACUUAUGAUGUUUCACUGCUGCAUAACAAAGCACUUUGUGUAUGUGGACGUCCAGUGAAGCCGAGUAUUAUUUCAUGUAUAUCUUAUAACUCUAAAAAAUGUUAUUUAUGAAAGACAUGUUUCAUUCUGUAUGAAAAGCUGAAAUGCAUAAUUCAGUAAUAAAGCCUUCUGCACAUAACCAAA